CGAAAAACGCUCUCCAGAGUUCCCUCUCUUUACACUCUCCCUCCAUCAUCCCUUUGCUUGCCUUUUUUUUUUUGUGUCCCCCACAAUAAAAAUCAAACCGAAAAACCCCACGCUGCUCUCUCUCUCUCUCUCGGAUUCUUUGCCACUCUCUCACUCACUCACUAAGAAGUGCGGAAGAAAGGAGGAAGCAAAAAAUGAUUUUGAAUUUGAUUUUCUGGAUCCUCUGUUUACUCAUCAACUUCGGCCUCCUCGCCAUCGUCUUCUACGCGCUUUUAUGCUUAACGGACUUGGAGGUUGACCAAAUGGAUCCGUUCGUGGCGACGGCUAACAUCAACAGGUGGAUACUGCCUGAGUUUGUUUUGCAAGCUGUACUCAGCCUUCUUUUGCUCUUGACAGGCCACUGGAUCUUGUUUUUGUUGGCAGUUCCUCUUACCUGCUAUCAUGCUAUGCUGUUUAUUAGACGGCAACAUCUUAUUGAUGUCACUGAAGUUUUCCGAAAUCUCAACACUGACAAGAAGCGUAGGAUGAUCAAGCUUGGUGUAUACAUGAUCUUCUUCACAAUUUUUAUAUUUAGAAUUGGUGCAGGAAUCUUAGCACUAUUCAAAUCUGAAGACUUAGAUAUCCGCUCAUCUUUUUUUGAGUUCUAGAAACUUACCAUUAUAUGCUUGGAUGGUUAAUUCUUUUUAGUGCUUUGAAAUAGGAUAGCAAUUAAUCAUGAGUGCUCCCAGGUUUAUGUUUUUGUAGUUUUGCUUUUUUUCAGAAAAAAGUAAUGCUGGCAUAAAGUGUUUUAUUCUAUUUUUUUUUCUGUACCAUUUCUUUUUCUACACUUUACAUACAAUUGUGCAUAAAAUUGAUAAUAGCUUUCCUCUUGUACAGUAAGUAGUUCAUGUACUAUAUAUAAUGAAGAAGGCAGUUCCAUUUGUGAAGUAUCUUAAGUUCCUACUUUAGCCAAAUCACUUACUAUCAUUGUUAAAACAUUGACAUAAUAGUUCAGGGCACUUGAUGCUGCUAUGUAGACUUUUCCCUUUGAGCUCUCCUUGGUCAUGCUUUGGUAAGAGGCUAGGAUUGUAUAUCAACGGUUUUGUAAUUGAUACAUUGAUAAACAUCUCAUAUGCAGUAGAGGACAUAAGCAUGUUAAGGGCAUGUAAUAUGCAUUUGAUGGUAAUCUGUUUUUGGCUUUGAUUUUUCACUAGAUAACCGUGAUUGUAUAUUAAUAGAUGACAUGAUUAAAAAGGAGUAUUUUAACCUCACAUCAGAAUAUUUAAAAAACCAUUACAAGUGGCAUUUAUGAACCACGCUGUGGUUUUGUGCCCUCGUUUGGCAAGAUUAGCCAUGUGAGUGGGUCUGAUCAGUCAUUGUGAAAUGCUAUGAGUGUUGUGGAUCUGACCAUGUUCAAAGGUUUUAUGUAUUGGAAAGGCUUACCUAUUACCAAGCUUUUUAGAAUAUCUAAGAAUAUUGAAAACAUUCAGAUUCAGAUACUCGAUAUUAAGGAACUCAAAAUUGCUUGUGUCUGAUGUGGCUUAACUUGUAGCAAUAGGGUGUAAGCCUCAUGUUCUGGUGAGGUUUUAGGAGGGAGGGGGUAUUUGCAAGGUGUAGGAUUUAAAGGUGAGUACAACAGGGCCAAUCAGGAUAUGAUACGGCCUCCAGGAUCCAUCUUGGGGGUGUAGCGUGCAUCUGAGCUGGCAUGUUAUGUUUGAAUAAGAGGGUGUUCUCUCUUUAACUACAGUUUCCAUUUUUUUUUCUCUUAGUAAACCUGUUUGCAAGGUUCUCUUUUACUUGCUUUAGGUUCCAAGAUAUUUGCUGACUAUUUUGAAUUUCACGUGGAUUCUGUGGGAAGGCUUUUCCUUUGUGAAGGGGUGGGGGGUACUAUUUUGUGUCCAUUUAACCAUGGACUGUAGUUCUCUGCCUUUCUGAAGGACCUUGGGCUCUCUCCCCCCUAUGCUUACAAUAAAUUCUUC